CUUUUUCUGUUUUUCGUUUAAAAAAAAAAACCAAACUCGCAACCCUAACCAUGUCCGUCGAUCCCGCAUUCGCUAACGCUGGCAAGAAGGCCGGCCUUGAAAUCUGGCGCAUUGAGAAGCUGAAGCCCAUCCUUGUGGACGCGUCCAAGCACGGCUCGUUCCACUCUGGCGACUCGUACAUUUGCCUGCAGACCAAGGCAAAGUCGGCCGGUUUUGAGUGGAACAUCCACUUCUGGCUCGGCAAGGAGACGUCGUCGGACGAGGCUGGUGUUGCUGCGUACAAGACGGUCGAGCUUGACGACUCGCUCGGCGGCGCGCCCGUCCAGUUCCGCGAGGUUGAGGGCCACGAGUCCAACCAGUUCCUCGCCCUCUUCCCCAAGGGCAUCAAGUACCUGCCUGGCGGUGUCGAGUCUGGCUUCAAGCACGUCGAGAAGGACAAGUUUGAGAAGCGCCUCCUCCACCUCAAGGGCAAGCGCCAGGUCCGUGUGGCCCAGGUCGCCCUCUCGUCCGACUCGCUCAACCAGGGCGACGUCUUCAUCCUCGACAAUGGCCGCCAGAUCAUCCAGUGGAACGGCCGCGACUCGUCCAAGGCCGAGCGCUCGAAGGGCCUCGAGGUCAGCAAGCGCAUCCGCGACGAGGAGCGCGGUGGAAACGCCGAGAUUGCCGUCAUUGAGGAUGGCUCUGACGACGACACUGCCUUCUUCAACGAGAUUGGCGGCAAGAAGCGCAUCAAGACUGCCGAGGAGGGCGGCGAUGACGCCUCGUUUGAGCGCUCCAAGCAGGCCGACGUCAAGCUCUACCGCGUUUCGGACGCCUCUGGCUCGGUCAAGAUCACCGAGGUUGCCUCGCCCCCGCUCAACAAGGACAUGCUCGACACCAACGACUGCUUCAUCCUCGAUCAGGGCGGCGCUGCCAUCUUUGCCUGGAUUGGCAAGAAGGCCACCAAGCAGGAGCGCUCGUCGGCCAUGAAGCUCGCCACCGACUUUAUCGCCCAGAAAAAGUACCCCUCGCACACCCAGGUCACCAAGGUCAACGAGUCUGGCGAGACGCCCCUCUUCAAGGCCAACUUUGCCGUCUGGCCCGAGGCUGCUGCCGGCACCACCCCCCAGGGCAGCAACCGCUCGAACAUUGCUCGCGUCGAUCCCAACAAGAAGGUCGACGUCAAGGGCAUGCACAGCCAGGCUGCUCGCGAGCGCGAGGCCGCUGUCGACGACGGCUCUGGCAAGCUCCAGAUCUGGCGCAUUGAGAACUUUGAGAAGGUGGCCAUCCCCCAGGCCGAGUAUGGCCAGUUCUACUCUGGUGACUCGUACAUUCUCCUGUACACUUACCUCAAGAACAGCAAGGAGUGCUACAUUAUCUACUACUGGCAGGGCCUCAAGUCCACCACCGACGAGAAGGGCGCCUCGGCCAUCCUCGCCACCAAGCUCGACGACGAGCUCGGCGGUGCCCCCGUCCAGGUCCGUGUUGUCCAGAACAAGGAGCCCGAGCACUUCCUCCGCCUCUUCAAGGGCAAGAUGAUGGUCCACGAAGGCGGCAAGGGCUCUGGCUUCAAGAACGCUGCCCAGGCUGACUCGUACGACACUGACGGCACCCGCCUCUUCCAGGUUCGCGGCACCAACGAGUUCAACACCCGCGCCGUCCAGGUUGCCGAGCGCGCCGCCUCCCUCAACUCGAACGACACGUUCGUCCUCGAGACCCCCAAGAAGGUGUACAUUUGGUUUGGCAAGGGCGCCACUGGCGACGAGCGCGAGAUUGCCAAGAUUGUUGCCAAGCAGGUUGCUGGCGGCAAAGAGGCCGACAACGUUUCGGAGGGCAGCGAGCCCGCUGACUUCUGGGCUGCCCUCGGCGGCAAGGGCGAGUACGCCUCGUCCCCUCGUCUUGCCGACUCUGCCGGCCGCGCCCCGCGUCUCUUCCAGUGCUCGAACAGCAAGGGCUACUUUUACGUUGAGGAGAUUUUCGACUUUGACCAGUCCGAUCUCGUCGAGGACGACGUCAUGCUCCUCGACACGUACGACGAGCUUGUUCUCUGGCUCGGCUCUGGCGCCAACGACAAGGAGAAGGCUGAGGCCGUUCGCACUGCCACCGAGUACAUUACCACCGACCCCGCUGGCCGCGACAAGGACACCCCCAUCAACGUUGUCAAGCAAGGCUACGAGCCGCCGUCGUUCACCGCCUACUUUGGCGCUUGGGAUGCCGACAAAUGGUCCAACGGUCUGACGUACGAGCAGCUCAAGGCCCAGAUUGGCUCGUCCGGCCCCACCUCUGGCGCUGCCCUCCUCAGCUCGGUCGACAAGUCUGGCCCCGUCACCAAGUUCUACACCUUUGCCCAGCUCACCACCCACCCGAUUCCCGAGGAUGUUGACAAGGCUGAGCGCGAGCGCUGGCUGAGCGACGCCGACUUCAAGACUGUCUUCAAGAUGUCUCGCGAGGAGUUCUCCAAGCUCCCCGCCUGGAAGAAGACUGACACCAAGAAGAAGAUCAACCUGUUCUAAAUGAAUGCGACUUGCAGCGUGUGGUGGCAGUGAGCGAUCUGUGUGUGUCUUGUCUUUGUUUCACCUUUAUAUACAAACAUCAUGACGUU